GCCCCGCGGUCUCUCCGGCGGCAGGGGCGGCGCAGGGCGGCACCUCCGGGUCUGCGCCUCGAGCCGCCGGGCGCCGCGGAGGAGCAAGCCCAGCCCGGAGGGCGCCGGGCCGCCGGCGCGGGGGGUCCCUGCAGAGCCGGGAGCACCUCGGGCUCGCUCCCUCCUACUCAGGAGAAGCUGAGGAAACGAGCUCGGCUCCCGGCUCCCGGAGCCAGCGGCGACUGUGGAGACGCGGCCAGAAUCCUCAACUGCUUGGAAAUCCAUCACCUUGGUUCCCUGAGACUUGGAGUAGGAACUGACAGCUGGCUGACAGAAAACUCAUCCAGGGAGAGAAGAGACAUAAGCGGAGGAUGAAAUUGUGAAUAACAUCUUCAGCAUCUCACGAGAGCCCUUGUCAGAUGCUUUGCAUUCAGAAUAGACCUCUGAGUUGGGACCCAAGCCGUCAACAAUCCUAAAUUCCCAGGUUCCUGAGUUGCAGGUAUUGAUUGCUGAUUUUUGAAGAUGGAUGAAGGUGUAGAAUUGUCAAGUGAUGGAAAUUCCCUGAUCAAAGCCGUGCAUCAGAGCCGGCUUCGCCUCACAAGACUCUUGCUGGAAGGCGGCGCCUACAUCAACGAGAGCAAUGACCGCGGGGAAACACCCCUAAUGAUCGCUUGUAAGACCAAACACGUUGAUCCCCAGGGUGUCAGUAAAGCCAAAAUGGUUAAAUACCUGUUAGAAAACAAUGCUGAUCCGAACAUACAGGACAAGUCUGGGAAAACUGCUCUGAUGCACGCUUGCUUAGAAAAAGCCGGUCCUGAAGUUGUGUCUCUGCUCGUGAAGAGUGGGGCUGACCUCAGCUUGCAAGACCAUUCUAGUUCCUCGGCCCUCGUUUAUGCUAUAAAUUCAGAAGAUAGAGAGACCCUGAAAGUUCUGCUUAGUGCUUGCAGGGCAAAAGGGAAAGAGGUCAUUAUCAUAACAACAGCAAAAUCGCCUUCUGGCAGGCACACGACCAGACAGUACUUAAACAUGCCUCCUGCGGAUACAGACAGGAGUCCUGCACCAGCCACCUGCGCCACUCCUUCAGAAAAAGACAUCAAAACUGCCUCGUCGCCACUUUCACCUUCUCCUGAAACUGAAACGACACUUUUUGGCUUUAAAGACCUGGAGCCCUCAGGAAGCAGUGAUGAUGCACUGGACCCAGGCUCCCCUGUGAGGAAGCCUGCCAUGGCUCCUAAUGGGCCCAAGCUACCCCAGGCUCCACCCUGGAUCAAGAGUCCCCCCUCAUUACUGCACCAGCACAGAGUGGCCUCUUUGCAAGAGGAACUCCAGGAUAUCACUCCAGAGGAAGAAUUAUCCUACAAAACCAAUGGGCUGGCACUUUCCAAGCGAUUCAUCACUAGGCACGAAAGCAUUGAUAUAAAAGACACUGCACAUUUGCUAAGAGCCUUUGAUCGGGCCAGCUCAAGGAAGAUGUCACAUGAUGAGAUAAAUUACCAAUCCCUUUUUUCAGAAGGAAAUCAGCAAUGCAUUGAAAUCCCUGUUGACCAGGACCCAGACUCUAACCAGACAAUAUUUGCUUCCACCCUAAGAAGUAUAGUUCAUAAAAGAAACUCAGGGGCAAAUCACUACAGCUCUGAUUCCCAGCUCUCCUCUGGCCUAACCCCUGCAACCUUAGAAGACGGCAAAGCAUUUACAGGAAAGAAAAAGAUCCUCUCCCCAUCUUCUUCCUUGUUGUCAGGGUCCAAGGAAUUGUUGGAGAAUAUUCCCCCCGGUCCCCUGAGCAGGAGAAAUCACGCAAUUUUAGAAAGGCGUGGUUCUGGAGCUUUCCCUUUAGAUCACAGCAUUCCCGGAACCAGACCAGGAUUUCUGCCCCCCUUAAAUGUGAAUCCGCACCCUCCCGUCUCGGAUAUCAACGUCAGCAACAAGAUUUCCAGCCUUCUUUCUUGUGGCCAAAAAGUGCUUAUGCCAACAGUUCCUAUUUUCCCUAAAGAAUUCAAAAGUAAAAAAAUGUUGUUAAGGAGACAGUCAUUGCAAACAGAACAAAUUAAGCAAUUAGUAAACUUUUAAGAGCUGGCUAGAAGACACAUUUUGUUAAAUGUCUACAUCAGAAAUAGAGAACUAGAGAAGAAAUCUCAAAUGUUCAUUCUUUGAAGUCUUGUAAUCAGUUAGUCUGUAAUGGUUGGGGGGGAUCAAAAUGUACUGUGUAUCAUAGUAAGUACUGUGAACACCCAAAUAACAUAUAGUUUCUGCUGAGGAAAUUCUCUCAAACAAAAUUAAAGCUAUUUUUCUCAAAACCUCCAAUAUUGAACAACCUUCAUGUGGUCAAAGUUUUUAACGUAAACAAAAAUCAGCAAAGAAAGAGAUAACUUAAAAAAAAAUUUCAGAUUUGCCAAAUAUUUUAUUAGGAAACGUUGCAUUCAAGUCAAUAAGUUUUUUUAAAUAUUUCAAUAAAUAAGAUUCUAAUUUUCCAUGAUGUGAAAACCAUAAAAGAAAAUAUUGACAGCUAUAAAAUGUUCUAUGAUCAAUAAGCCUAAGCUACAAAGAAACAAUGAACUAAUUCUUAAACAAUGUUGACUGCAGGUAGGUAAAAAUGUAGUUAAAAUUUUAAAAGGUCAACCACUAUUAUAGACUGAGCGGCUCAUGCUCGUGUUGUCGGCUUCGUCAAUGUCACAUGGUGGCUCAGUUUCACAAGCUCGUGCUAGUCUAGGCCAAGUGUUUGUGUGCUAUCUUUUGCUUUAUUUUGUUUUUCAGACAAACUUUGCCAUAAUGUUAUCUUAGGGAAUUCUUACUUCUCCAUAUCUUUUAAUUCCUGGUAUUAUUUUUUGAAGCCUAUCCAUAGGUUCCCAAUAACGAGAUAAUAUCAAAGUGAAAAAGCAAUCCUCUUUACUUAUAUCAAAUUAUUCUUGUCUUUCUAAGAACAACUUAAAAAAAGAGCUUGGGAUUUAUCACAAGUAUAACCUAAAUACUUGCUUUGUUUUAAAAGAGGAAAAAUUGAUUGUUAGAUUAUCUUAGGUUAGCUAAAAUUAAGAAAGCCAGUAGAAGCUUAAAUAGAAAAUGUACUAAAUAUUUGAUCAAUAUUAAACAGUAUCUUUUUAUUUCUGAUAUAUUGUUAUUAGACAUUUAAAUAAUAAGGAUAUGUAAGGAUAAUUUCCUUAGUGUGACAUUCCAAUCAUCUAGUAUAUUAGGACCUGUGAAUAACUUCUAACAAAAUAAAUGAAUACCAUGCUACUGUCAUAAAAUAUUAUAAAAUGACUAAAUUAUCUAUAUGAUUUCAAAAUGUCAUGUUUAUAUAAAGAGUCCUCAUUUCAAUCUAGCAGCCUUACAACAAAGAAUAGAUCAAACUAUACAAAACCUGAGUGUGUGAAUUUGAUGAUCGUCAUAUACAGCUUGAUUUCUUUGCCUUCGUCAGUGGAGGCGCUCCGAACAGUUGGCAUGAUGCUUUUCCUGGCAAUUGGAUAUGAGCAAGUUGUGAUGUACAUAGUAAAUUAUUUAAUUUCUUGUGGCUUUUGUUUGAAAAAUAAUUGGAGGUUCUCCAUUUAAUGUUUUGAAGAAUAUCAAUAUUAAUUAUAUUAGAAAUAUUUUUUGAUUCAGAAUUUAGAAUUGUACAUAAUGUUUAUAGGUAGCUAAACCCUCUUUUGAAAGUUUUAAUAUUGAGAAAAGUUCUUGGCUUUAAAAGCUGUAAGGAUAGAGUUUGGAAGACUAUGUAAAUAGAUUAGUUCCUAAAAUGGUAUCAAUAAAGAUUUAAAAUGUCAUUUUGAUUAUGACUGAUUUCUAUUUAUCUCAAAUACUAAUGGUAAAUAUUUCAACAUAAUCUCAAGAGAAAUUGUGCCCCAUAUGUUUACUUUGAGUAAAUAGAAAACAAAGAAAGAAUAACUUUUGUUGCUAUUCUCAUCCCAACAUGAAAACAAAAUUUACUAGGAUUAAAACUUUCUUGGCCAUAUUUGGAAGAAUUUUUAGCCUUCUAGCAAUCCUAAGUACAAUUUAGGAGCUGAGAUUGUCUGAGCCUGAUUGUAAAGCCAUCCUAUGGGAUUUUCACUCCAUUAAGUGGAAUAUGUCACUGGGAUCCCAAUGGUAAGUCACAGAUAUUUGCAUCAGGAAUUGGAUGUGUGUUUGUGUGUGUGUGUGUGUGUAGUGUAUUUAGACUUUAACAUAACAUAAACGUAUGAAAGGUAUGAUGACACUUCAUUCAUUAGUUUGAGAGGUGCCAUUUUUAGUUACUCCUGGCUGGCAUUUCCACAAUACAGCCGAUACUAUUUCAUGGCAAGGGUAAUUUUGUGGAGGACACAGCAACCACAGUUACUGAGACAAGUGUCACCAGUGCCCAGCCAAGCAGCGCCCAGGGAAGGUGGUAACACCUGCCCGGCAUGUUCUUUGGUGGAGGCGCACCCAUCAGGCGUCCAGUACCUGAACCUUUUAAAAACUCAAAUGAUAAAACUAACUACUCUUAUUCUGAUUAAAUACUCACCAUGUAGCCUUCUAAUAAUUUGACUCCCAUAUAGCUUACUUAAAGGAAAGAACAAACUUGUCAGGGUGAGGGGAAUUGUAUUAAUCCUGUUUUUUAUUUAUUGUAUUUUGCUGAUGCUUUGGUGUAUUGGGGUCUUGCUGACACCGGAGGGACUGCCCCUCCCAGGUUAGCUAAUUCCCAGAGAUAGAAAAUAGCUUGCCUGGGAAUACAUCUUUCAUAGGCAGACCAACCAAUCCAGAACCCAAACUCCAACCACCUCCUCUAUGGGGCUCUCACAUUUAGGGCCACUACCUGCCUGCUCUCAUCACCCCAGGGGAGGUACCAGACAACUAGAGACAGCCUCUACACCUAGACCCACUGAAAUUGUUCAAACCAGCCAAUCCUAAGCCUGCUUACCCUGCCUUGCUCGUGCAUUUCCAUAGAAGCUAUAAUAUAGGCUCCUGCCCCUGUUUUUCCCUCACUCCCUCUGCCUCCAGACUGAUGCUGGUGCUUCCCUGAGUGGCCCUGUGUGGUGUGACAGGUCCUCUUCCUCUUGGGAACUGUGAGUAACACACUAUAUUCUCAAUGGCAGUUGUCUCCUGAUCUGUUGGCUUCACCACACCUGAAUAAUGAUAAAGCCUACAUUUUAAAACAAGAAGGCAAAGUCCAAUUGGAAGUCAUAAUUCUUAAUAAGUCAAUAGUUGAGUUUCUGGAGCCUUGUUUAAUGCCAGUAUUCCUUAGAUCCCAUUUCCAAGUCUCCACGAGAAGAGGGCCAAAUCAUGGACCGUGGUAAAUUCACGAGAUUUCCUGGAGCUGCCCACUGGCCUUUUCAAGGUGACAUCCUGUCUCUUCGUGCACGUUUGUUGAACGUCUACAAUUCUUAAAGAGAAGGCCAGGAAAGGAAAAACUGGGGAGAAUAACUAAUACAACGAUAACUACAAAAACAAUUUAAAAGAAUCUGAAUUAGCUGGAACAUUGUCUCAAAACCAAUAACUUGAGGCUUAGCAAGUAGCUUGCAGGUUGGUUUUGAAAACCAAUUGCAUAAGAUUAGAAUGAUCAAUAAUUUAUGUGGAAAAACAUCUGACAGUUUUAGUUAAAUACUAGCCUGAUACAAUCCAAGCUUGUCAGGACUGCUAACAGGGCUAAGACUGAUUUAUUAAAAGAUUAAUGAGUUUCUACUACUGAAUCUUAGCACUGGUGGGUCAAAUCUGAAAUAGUGUUUUUAAUUCGAGAUACCACAUCUUAAAGUAUACACAUAAGAAAAUGAAAAAGAUGACAAAGAGUCUGGGAAAAAAUUUUAAAAUAGAAAGGAUUGGUGGUGUUUAGCAUGGAGAUAAAAAGACAAUUGAGAUUAGACGGCUGACCUUGAAUAUAAAAGGACUG